AUGUCUAAAAAAUAAACCAAUGAUAAUGCAGAUAGAUACAAAGGCGAUGCUGGCAAUUUUCAAUCUUUAGAAAGUGACGAUGGUCCAGGACCAAUGAAAUCUAUUGAAGGUUGGAUCGUCAUUGUGAAAGGCAUACAUGAAGAGGCCCAAGAAGAUGAUGUAUUUGAUGCAUUCAGUAAAUAUGGACCAAUAAAAAAUCUACAUUUGAAUCUAGACAGAAGAACUGGAUUUGUGAAAGGGUACAAUACCUAAUUAAAAGUUAUAGUUAUGCAUUAGUUGAAAUUUAAUGAAUACACUCAUGCUUCUGAUGCAAUUAAUGGGAUCAAUAAAUCAGAGGGUAUAUGUGGUAAGAAAGUUCAAGUUGAUUGGGCAUUUAAAAAGCCUCCAAAGAAAGGAGCAUUAAAAUAAACUAAAAAAUAAUGA